CCAUAUUUGUAUACCUCAGUUUGUCAAUUAUAUUGUGUUCCAAUAUAAAGUUUGCUUAAUUAAUUAAAUUAUUAAGAGUUCACCAUGGCAGCAACAACAAAGAGCAUUGUAGAUGUUGAAUAUCUGAAACAAAUUGAGGGAGCUCGUAAAGACCUUCUUGAUCUUCUUCAGAAGAACAAGAAGUUUUCUCCCAUUGUGCUUCGUUUAGCAUUUCAUGAAGCGGGUACUUAUGACGCCAAAACUAAAACAGGAGGUCCAAAUGGUUCGAUUAGGAAUGAGUUGAACAACCCUGCCAACAACGGUAUCAAAGUUGGAGUUGAUUUUUGCGAACAAGUGAAGGGUAAACACCCCAAAGUUACUUAUGCUGACUUUUACCAGCUUGCUGGAGUAAUUGCUGUUGAAGUUACUGGAGGCCCUAAGAUCCCAUUUUUCCCGGGUCGACCCGAUGCGCCAAGUCAACAAGACAGUGGAGCUCUUCCAAACCCCAAUGGAGAUGCCAAGCAUCUUAGGGAUAUAUUUUAUCGUAUGGGGUUGAACGAUAGGGAUAUCGUUGCUCUAUCAGGAUCUCACACACUGGGUCGAGCAAAUCAGGAUAGAUCAGGUUUUGAUGGUCCUUUCACCGAGGAUCCUUUCAAAUUCGAUAAUUCGUAUUUUGUAAACUUGAGGAAGAGUGACACCCCUGGACUGGUGAAAUUCCCCACUGACAAAGUUCUUGUGGAAGAUCCUGCUUUCAGUCGCUAUGUUCAACUCUAUGCUAAGGAUGAAAAGACUUUCUUCGCACACUAUGCGGAAUCACACAAGAAGAUGUCGGAGCUCGGGUUUCGCCCACCAAGCCCGGUCGUGAAAGCUUGAAAUCGCAGCCUAGCUAGACUGAGAAUCUGAGAUGUAGUAUAAUGGAUCCUUAAUUAAUUGUCUUCACGUUGUAUUUGGGACUAAUAAUUAAAAGCUAAGUUAAAUAAUUCCCAGGAGUUGUACUCAUAUUAAAUUAUUAAUUAUUAAUUAUGUACUUGCUAUAUACUUGUAUUCCAUACAAAAAUGUAUUAUGUACUUCUAUUAAAAUGCUAAUCUAUUACACUUAAUAAUAAUCAUGUAUCGAUGAACAUGCAAAUUAACGUAUACAUAAUACAUGCGCAAUGGAAUGGAA